CCCAGCCGCACAUCGCGGUUUGAGUGACACAGAUACCGGUUUACAUUUACAGGUUUACAGCACAGACGGAGUGAGAGAUUGGAACCGAGAGGGAUAGACAGGGAGAGAGAGAUAUAAUGGAAAGAGUGGAGAAAUAAAUAUUGGAUUAAUAAAAAUUAAAAUACACCAACGGAGGACUAUUUCUUCUUCUCUCACAUUAAUGGGAACAGCGGGAUACGAUAUGGAGUCUCUUUUUCUCAGUGUGUUUGAUUGACACAUUGUUCCCACCGCUGACCGUCUGACGGUGGAAGGGACCAUGCAUAACGCCAGCCAGCGCCUGGCAGAGAACCAGAGCGAGCCUCAUCUGCCCGAGCCACACGCGGAUUUACCCGCCACUCGCGCGCUCGUCGGCUGCGUCCUCUCACUGCUCAUCCUCUGGACGUUACUGGGUAACUUCACGGUGUGCGCGGCGGUUCUGCGGUACCGGCACCUGCGCGCCAAAGUCACCAACAUCUUCAUCGUGUCCCUGGCGCUGUCGGACCUCCUCGUGGCGCUGCUCGUGAUGCCGUGGAAGGCGGCGGCAGAGGUGGCGGGGUUCUGGCCCUUCGGUGCGUUCUGUGACACCUGGGUGGCGAGCGACAUCAUGUGUUCCACGGCGUCCAUCUUGAAUUUGUGCAUGAUCAGUGUGGACCGCUACUGGGCGAUAUCCAGCCCGUUCCGUUACGAGAGGAGAAUGAACCGCCGCGUGGCCUUCGUCAUGGUCGGCGUAACCUGGACGGUCUCCGUAGUGAUAUCAUUUGUGCCCGUUCAACUCCACUGGCACCGGGCUGCGAUUACCGGAAACACCGGGAGCGGUGACGAAUUUAACCGGGACGUUACCUGGUUUAACGUCAGUGGGGUGUAUCAACUCCGCAGGGCCUCGGAGGAGGUGAACGGCUGGAACUGUGACUCAAGUCUGAGUCGGACCUACGCCAUCUCCUCCUCGCUGAUCAGUUUCUACAUCCCCGUGGCGAUCAUGGUGGUCACCUACACACGGAUCUACCGGAUCGCCCAGGUCCAGAUACGCAGGAUAUCCUCCCUGGAGCGAGCAGCAGAACACGCACAGAACUGCCGCUCGGACCCACACGUGGAUGUGGAUGCAGAUGGGCACGUGCACGCUUUCCACCAUCGUCAUCCUCCUCUUCGUUCUAAACACCGUUGCUCCAUCUUUCACCAAACGACCCCGAAACAUCAUCAUCGUCACCCUGAUCUUCCUCCCCAACACCGGGCCCUGAGGUACUCCAUUAGGAAGGAAACCAAGGUUCUGAAGACUCUGUCUGUCAUCAUGGGGGUCUUCGUCUUCUGCUGGUCCCCCUUCUUCAUCCUCAACUGUGCCAUGCCCUUCUGCCCAGGUCCAGGUACAGCCUCUAGAACUGUGUCAGACCCCUCCUCCCAAUCCUCCCACCUGUACUGUGUCAGUGAAACCACCUUCGACGUCUUCGUGUGGUUCGGUUGGAGCAACUCUUCCUUGAACCCCGUUAUCUACGCCUUCAACACUGAGUUCCGCGAGGCGUUCCUCCGCUUGCUGGGUUGCCGUGGGGACAACGGGUGCUUCGGCGGCUGGACGACGAGCGCCACGCGCGUGGAGAGCGUUGUCUUGGCGAGCAACGACGCCACCGGGAAGGAGAAGAAGAACUCGCUCUUCACAACGGAGAUGGGCGUGUCUUACGAUACAGGCUGUGGCGCCGGUAGAGGUAGUGUCACAUCUGGUGUAAUCCGCGACCCGGUUAGAGGGAGGGAGCUACCGACACCGUUAACAGACCGUAGAGGAGCUGUAGAGGAGCCGCUGUGUGACUGUGAGCUGGACCCGGUUAGAGGGAGAGGGGACAGCGGGGCAGGUCUCUCUAGGACGCCACCGGCAACGCUAACGAACCGUAGAGGGACGAUAACACAACCAGAGGCGGAGUGCGACUGUCCCAUGGAGGAUUGUAAAAGAGACCUAACGGACUGGGGACAACGGACUCAAAUGAUUCCCUCACAAACUUUCUGAUGAACUUUCAAUCUGUCUCAAAUGGACCGUACCGUUGAUGUCUGUAGUCGUUUCAUUUCAAAUGAAUCCACAACCUGUAUUGUCUCAGCUGUUAAUGGAUCACAUUUAUCCAGGAAAUAGCUAUGACAGGUUUAUCCAAAACAUUCAUUUGAUGAAAAAGCAUUGAGGAUUGAUUGAAACAGGGCCAUUUUCCACCAAUGCUUUAGGCUAAGGUUUCUCCAGCUCUCAUUCCUGAACCCACAAAAGCUCUGUAAUAUAUUGUUGAUCUGAUCUGUUUUUAUGGAAGUGGUCCCUCAAGGAGAAAAGGAUAGUAAUAGUAAUGGUAAUGAUAGUAAUGAUAAUAAUGAUGGUAAUGGUAGAAAUGAUAGUAAUGAUAGUAAUGAUAGUAAUGAUAGUAAUGGUAAACAACCACAUUGAAAAACACUGUUCUAGGCUGCCGUUGCAUUAGGUCAAUAUCAUUAGGUCAUUAGGUCAAUAUCGUUAGGUCAAUAUGAACUCCUGAUUGGUGUAGGUCAAUAUCAUUAGGUCAAUAUCAACUCCUGAUUGGUCUAAGUCUGUUGAAGGGGAUAGAAUGUUAGAAGAGUAGAAAAGAUCUUCCCUGAGCUGAUCUAGAUUUCUAUUUCUACUGCCAUGUCUCUCAACCGUCAUUAACAUCAUAUUUGUUCUGGACCUGUGGGCUUUAUUUGUGGGGGAAGUGUGACACCGUCUGCGUCUGCAAUGGCACCCUCUUCCCUAUGUAGUGCACUACUCUUGACCAGGGCCUAUAGGGCUGUAGUGCGCUACUUUUGUCCAGGAUCCAGUGGCACCCUAUUCUCUAUAUAGUGUCCUUUGGGACAAAGCCUCUGUAUUUCUCAGAUUAUCAGGGAUUAUCUCUCCAGGCCCUGGGGAUCUUGUGUGAUGUCAUGUCACGGUGACGAUGAUGAUGUCCAUCCUGGGUAUUUCUAAGCAUCUAUUAUACAGUAACAAAGUCUCACAGCCAGAGCUCCCUCUCUCUCUCUCUCCACACCU